GUUCAUGAUAGUCGGUCGCUGCGUGCUGCUGAGACUGGUAAUGCCCAUGGAUCUGACCACCUUCUUGUUGGCGCACGCUUAAAAGCUGACCUUUCAUCUGCGCCCAAAAUCCUACGCGCUAGACGCUUCGAUGUCGUCAAAAUUCGGCAACCCAACACCGCUGAGGCCCUGAGCAGAGAAAUCGGGUCCCGUUUCACCUGA